AUGUCAAAUCUAAGUGCAAAGCGUAAAAUCCAAUCGAGUACUACCACACCUCCGCAAUUGCCUCAGCAACUUGAAAAAUCAAUUCCUCAUGUAGCUAUGACCUUCGCUCCUAAUGUGGCAGAACAAUCCACUAGACCUUCAUUGCCUCUAAUGUCAAGUGGUAAAGUGCAGCGUAGAGUCCCAUAUGGAACUACAGCAUCUGCACAAUUGCCUCACCAACCUGAAAAUUCUUCUCUUCCUCAACCAUCUAUGCGUACAUCAUCUCCAGUCAUGUCUGAACCAAUUAGGAGACUCUCGAUAUCACCUGCAUCAUCUCCUUCAAUCCCAUCUCUUGGAACAGAAGCCUCACAAAACCCAACUCAGGGUUCUCCUGCUAGUUCCAACCCAUGGGGUAUUGAUCCCUCAGAUAACCGGAUGUGGAAACAAUUUAAAUGGUUGCCACAACAUGAAGUUGCUAUUAGGAGAAAUUGGAACUUAAAGUGCAUAGAAAUCUUAAGACAUACAAUGCAUAAUGUUCAGAAGGAUAUGUUUCUGAAACAAAUGAGGCCUAAUUGGAUUCCACCUAAUGUGAUGGAUGAUUUAGAGGAAAUAUGGACAUUAGAAAAUUAUAAGUCCAAGUGUAACACAGCUAAAGUCAAUCGGGCCUCUUCCACAGGAGGCACUCAACACAAAGGGGGCAGCAUCCCUAAUACUGAGCAUAGAAGGAGGUUGGCUUUACAGUUGGGAAGAAAUCCUACUCAAUAUGAAUUGUUCACAAAUACACACUUUGAUGUCAAAACUAACCAAUUUGUGGAUAUUAGGUCAGCUGAAAUUUCUGAACAUUACAUGAGGGUCAAGGCAUCAAGGAGUUCUAGUGUUGGUUCUCCAAGUGUGGAGGAAUCAAAUCAGCUAGAUGGUGAAGAAAUGAGGAUUUGGUUACAGGUUGCAGGUGGUAAGAAUAAGAAGGGUUGA